AUGAAUGAUGAAAAAGAAAGGCAAAAGAUACAAGUGGAACAUUCAAACUCAUUAAUCAAAAAUAAUCGACAACAACAACGACAACUAGUCCAGUAUCAACAAGUCAAUUUACUCUCAUUUAUUACAGAUCCACCAACUAUCACUGCCACAUUACCAGAAGAAGAUGCCAGCCAGGAUCUCUAUGAGUCGGCAGCAUCACUUAUCAGUGACUGUCCACCCCUUCUCAGUCCACAGAGUCCAUCUCUACUGACUGGAUAUGACCCUAUCCUAACACAAACAGUUGUUCCAGUACAAACAAGUAUUACAGAAAAGCGGAAGAUAGUGAGAACACCCUCAAAAAAGGUAACAGUGCAGGACAUACAUGACAUACAGUAUCGUGCACUGCAGGGUAAAUUAGUGAUACAAGAGAAGAAGAACAUUCAAAUGGACUUGGAAAAAAAAAACUGGAACUCCAAAUUGAGCUUUUGCAAAAGUUAGUGGGUGGCAAUUCAGAACCAGUCACACUCUCCCAGGCACUUGCCUCUAUGUUUUGAACGUAUUAAAUUCAUUGUUAUAUUGUU